AUGUUGCCAACCGAUUCAUCAUUCAUCCCCAAAUUUACAAACGCAGGCAUGAAUCAAGAGGUCACCAAUGGAGCCUCGAAAUCCAAAAAGAAUUCCAAAAAACCCGAAUAUUCUAGGUUUACACAGCAAGAACUUCCCGCCUGGAAACCAAUCCUAACCCCAGGAUGGGUGAUCACAUCGUUUCUAGCAAUCGCCAUGCUGUUCAUCCCCAUCGGACUUGUCUCUCUGUUUGCAUCAGAACGUGUGGUGGAAAUUGUGUAUCGCUAUGAUCAAGAUUGUGUCCCUGAAAUUUAUCGAGGCAAUAUGACUUCAUAUAUUCAAAACCCUCUCACUAACAAAACAUGCAUCAAGAAUGUCACUGUACCAAAGAAAAUGGAAGCCCCUAUAUUUGUGUAUUAUCAGCUUGACAACUUCUACCAAAACCAUCGUAGAUAUGUGAAAAGUAGAAGUGACAAACAACUGCGUAGUGGAGAAGAUGAUUUUUCAACAAAAGGAUGUGAGCCUGAAGCUAAAUCGAGUAGUGGGAAGCCUAUUGUUCCUUGUGGAUUAAUUGCAUGGAGUUUAUUCAAUGACACCUACAAUUUACUAAUGCAAGACAAAGUUUUAAAAAUAAACAAGAAGGGCAUUGCAUGGAAAAGUGACACCAAGGUCAAAUUCGGGUCAAAUGUGUAUCCGAAGAAUUUUCAAUCGGGAGGUUUGAUUGGUGGUGGAAAGCUCAACCAAAGCAUACCUUUGAGUGAGCAAGAGGAUCUUAUAGUAUGGAUGAGGACUGCAGCAUUGCCUACUUUUAGAAAGCUUUAUGGGAAAAUAAGUGUGGAUCUUGAAGCUCAUGAGACAAUAACUGUUGUUUUGGAGAACAAUUAUAAUACGUAUAGUUUUGGGGGACAAAAGAAGCUUGUUUUAUCAACAACAAGUUGGAUUGGUGGAAAAAACGAUUUUCUUGGAAUUGCUUAUCUUACAGUUGGUGGGAUUUGCUUGUUCAUGGCACUAAAUUUCAUCCUUCUCUAUGUUUUUAAGCCCCGGCCUCUUGGGGAUCCAUCCUACUUGUCAUGGAAUAGGAAUUCAAGUAGGCAUUGAAUUAGGUGG